AUGAGUGGCAGAAAGUUUGGGAGAAAUGGUUUGUCUUUGCCAUUUGGACUCGACUUUGACUUUCAUGCGAUUCGAGUUGGAGAAGUGAGCAAAGAGUUUGUGAUUCCUGUGAAUGGGCCCUUGAAUGAGAUCGACAGAGAAAUAGCAGAGCAGUUCACAACGUUUUUGGAGAUGAUGAAAGAUGGUCCAUUCUACUCUGGUCAAAUCAGCAGCAGGGGCAGCAAAGGAGCAUUGAAUGAGGAGGAGCAACAAGGGUUCAGCGAUGGCAUCAAACGAUAUUCCGACAAGUACUUGAAGAAGAGAAAAAUCAGCAAAAGCAUCGAGGACUUUCCAUACAAUUAUGACUUUUUUCCCAGCGAGUUGUACAGCAUCAUGGGCAGUGAAGGAAAGAUGAUUUCGCUCACGCACUACAAUACAAAUAACAAGCAAAUCAAAAAGGAUGCAAAAUCCACAAAUAAGAUUGAUGAUGAGGUCCAGGCGAUGAACAUAUUGGAGCAAAUCAAGAACAUGGUGGAGGAAGACGACGCCAUUGACAUCAACAAAGUGACUAGAAUGAACGCAGAACAUGAGGAAGACGAGGAGGAGGACUACGACGAUGGGUUUGAGGAGGACGACGACAACGACUACAAUGCUGAAAAAUACUUCGAUGGGGGAGAAGAGGAAAAUGACGAUGGUGAUGACGACGAGGCAGCUUUCUAGGGCUUUGUAAAUACAAAAAAACAGAAGGAUAUAAUAAUAUAAAAACACUAAAAGAAUAAAAAUAUAAAAACAUAAAAAUAUGGAAGACGUAGAAGUUGCAGUUUUGAGUGAGCC